CGGGAAAAGAACGCUGUCUGAUCAAAGACUGCCAUCACCGCCAUAAUCUUUAAUUUCAGACGAAAAUGGCCAAGAAGAGAAAGGCCAGUGGCCGCGGUUCGGGCAAGCCCUCUGCGAAAGAAAGCGAGGCGCUGAACCGUUCGAAAUUCGCCUUCGAAGAAAGGUUCGACGACUCGGAGGAUGAUUUUCAAGCUGGUCGGGAUCAGAUUCUGCUGGAAGAAGGACCAGAGGCCAAAAGGCGAAGAAAGCUACAGGAGAAAGAUGACAAACUUGAAGCCUCCGAUGAAGAAGUUCUUGGUUACGAGUCCGUUGACGAGGAUGAACUUGACGAUGAGGACGACAUUGAUAGCGAGGAAGACUAUGAACAAGACGAUGGCCGAAGUUCCAAGAAGUCCCGACAUUUGCGCGACUCGUCUAGUCCAGUUUCCAAAGCUGGCGAUGACGAAGAGGAAGAGGAGGGUAUCGCGGCUUGGGGAACAUCAAGGAAAGACCUAUAUAAUGCCGACAAUAUCGAGACUGAGGCAGAUGCUUUGGAAGAGGAGGAAGAGGCCAAGAAGCUGCAGCAGAAGCACCUAAAGUCUAUGAAGGAAGAAGAUUUCGGCUUCGACGAGACGGAAUGGCUCGAUGCAGAAAAGCCGGAGGAAGGGGACGAGGGCACCGGGGAAGUGAUGGAGGUUUUGCCCCAGCUCGAGGUCACAGAUGAUAUGAGUCCAGAGGAGCAGUUGAAGAUCCUAAAGUCGAGGUAUCCCGAAUUUGAGCCUUUGGCAAAGGACUUUGCCGACCUACAGGCGACGCAUAAGGAGCUACAGCGAGCUGCCAAAGAAGCAGAAGCGGGCAAACCUCUCGAUCCUACGCAGCCCACUCCUGUAUCCGUGACGAAGCUCCGUGCAUUGUCAGCUUACCUUGGCACGAUUAGUCUAUACUUUGUGCUACUCACAUCACCCGCGCAGAAUGGAGAGACGAAGCCUACAGCCUUGCCAGCUGCACAGCUGAGAGACCACUCUGUGAUGAGUUCAUUGGUUCAGUUCCGAAAGCUUUGGGAAUCUGUCAAAGAUUUGCGCGAACCAACCGUCACCGACGGCGCCAGUAUCGACGAGGACGAAUCCGAUGUUGAAAUGGAAGAAGCUACACCGGAGCCCGUGGAGAAGAAGACGAAGGAAGCGCAGCCUUCCAAGUCAAAGAAACUGAGCAAAGCACAACGCGCCGCUGAGACUGCAAAGGCUGAAGCUGAGGCACGCCGGGCUGAGAGACUGCGCGAGACCGAAGCUGGCCUGGCUGAUCUAUCUGGCUUGCUGGCGGAAAAGAGCAAGCAACCCAAGGUCAAGAAAGCCAAGGUUAUUUUCAGAGACCAGGAUUCCGAUUUCGGCGACGAAGAUGCUCUUACCGCACGAGAAGCCGAAGAGAAGGCGAAGCAACGACGAUCGCUUCGUUUCUAUACCUCUCAACUGGCACAGAAGGCCAACAAGCGUGGUGCUGCUGGUCGGGACGCUGGUGGAGAUGCAGACCUACCUUACCGUGAGCGUUUGAAGGACCGCCAGGCUCGACUGAACGCACAGGCCGAGAAGCGUGGUCGACAACAGGCGGAUGAGCUUGGCGUUGACAGCGACGACGAAGAUCAUCGUACAGCUGGUGAACUCAGAGGCGAAGGUGCCGGCACAGAUGAGGACGAGUAUUACGACAUGGUCGCCUCCAAGUCUAAACAGCGCAAGGCAGAUAAGAAGGCUCGCGCAGAAGCCUAUGCUCAGGCAGCUCGCGAGGGAGGCCAUGUUGAGAUCCAAGAGGAAAUUGGCCCCGACGGCAAACGUGCCAUCACCUACCAGAUCGAGAAGAACAAGGGUCUGGCACCUAAGCGGAACAAAGACGUCCGCAACCCGCGUGUCAAGAAGAGGAAGAAGUACGAACAGAAGCAGAAGAAGCUGGGUAGUGUUCGCCAGGUCUACAAAGGCGGGGAAGGCCGUGGUGGAUACGCUGGUGAACUCACGGGUAUCAAGAAGAAUCUGGUCAAGAGUGUCAAGCUUUAGAAGACAUUAUUUGGCUAGUUUCUUCCCCUUGUGGUAUUAUCCAUUUCUGGGGCGUUCUUCUAUGGGGUCAUAAAAAGUAGGAGUUGUUUUUUUUUUUCAACUGUACAUUCAUCUCGUACAUAGUUUCAAGAUACCGAUCGAAUUGAUCAAUGUUGCCCGCGUUACUUAUU